AUGCAACCCCAGCCGACAUACGGCACGGCGCAGAUGGUGUCUCCAGCUCAAGGCUCGCCAGUAGCCGGGCCGAGCACGCAGCAGGACGGGACGGUGGAUGGGAAGGGGAGGAGGUUGCCGCGAGUGUUGUUGAUGGGGCCCAGGAGCGGCGGCAAGUCGAGCAUUCGCAAGGUCGUCUUCGAGGGAAUGGCGCCGAACGACACGCUUUUCAUCGAGAAGACGAACAAGUCGAGUUCGGACGAUAUCAACUCCUUCCUCUCGAUGCGGAUGUGGGACCUCCCCGGCGGCCAACUCGAUCCGGAGCAACUGAAUCUCUCCUUCGAAGACACCGACGCCGUCAUCUUUGUCCUCGACGCCCAGAGCACGCUGCAUGACGUGAUCCGGAAGUUGAGCGUGACGAUGCACAAGGCGUAUACGGCGAACCCGGGCAUCCAGUUUGAGAUCUUCCUGCACAAGGUGGAUGGCAUGUCGGAGGACUACCGAUUAGACACGCUCCAGAACCUGCGGGAUCGUCUGACGGAAGAGCUCUUCGACAUGUCGCCGGAGCUCGAGUCGAACAUGAACGUCUUCUACCACCUCACCUCGGUCUUUGACACGUCCAUCUAUGAGGCGCUGUCGAAGGUCAUCCAGAAGCUCAUCCCGGAGCAGGCGAUGCUCGAGCGACUGCUGGACUUGCUGUGUCAGCAAUGCUCGAUGGACAAGGCGUUCAUCUUCGAGACGGCGUCCAAGAUCUACAUUGCGACCGACUCGGCACCGCUCGACAACCAGACCUACGUCAUCUGCGCCGAUUACCUCGACCUGGUCGGCGACUUUGCCCAGCUCUACGAAACGCCCGCUCUGUCACUCCCGCCCGCACAAGGCGACACCUCCCUUUCGCGGGCCGGCACUCUCUCCCGCUCGACGGGCCGCGACGUCUCAUCCUCUUCGACCCCCUCCGCCACGGGCAGUCGACGCGAGUCCUCUACAGCUGCCUCAAAACCAUCGUCGGCUAUCUCAUCCCCUGCGAAAGCGGGUGCCGGACGACCAGUCAGCGUUGCGAGCAGUGUUGGUGGCGGAUUGGAGGGGAAGCGGGUGACGAGGAGGUUGCCGCAUAGCAAGGUGAGGCUGGGAACGGGAGCGACGAUUGCGCAGUGGAGCAUCAACGAGAACCUUUCGCUCGUCGCGCUCCUUCGACCGCACACGCAAGACCAACACUCGGCGAUGAUUGACUACAACGUAGCGACGUUCCGCCAAGCCGUCCUCGCCAUCUUUGGAGUCGGCGUGAGCGCUCCCAUCGGUUGA